AUGGAUGGAAAGCAGAUCCCUCUCAUUGGGCAAGUAAAGGAUGCUCAGGCAGUGCUUGCUGCAUGUCCUGAUAAAAGGAUUCUGUUCCAAGAAUGUGAAUUUGGAAAUUAUCUCAUUCUUGUACCUAAUAAAAAAGAGUUAGAAGAAGCAGUUGAUGAACAAGGCAAACUGUGGCAAAUGGAAUUUGAUGGAAGUUGCGCCAACUCUGGCUCGGGCAUGGGAGCAGUUCUAUUUUCGCCUAAUGGUAAUGUAAGGAAUGUUUAUUCUGUUAAGAAUGAUAGAUUAAAACAUUAUAGAAACAGAGUUUGGGAUGAGAUAGAACCUAGUGUUCCUGAUAAUGUGAAUCAUUGGCAAGUUUUUGAUACAGAUGCUCAGAUUAAAGAUUUUCUGGAGUGUACCCAUUCCUUUGUCCAAUCAUAUUUUGAGGGUUCUGAAGAUAGUUGCAAAGAAUUUUGUCCAGACCUUGACUCUGUAGUGAAAAGUAUUCUGACUCAACAGGAGGUGGGACUUAAUAAAAGAGCAACAUGGGUAACCAAAAUUCAGGAAUAUGAUCUGGAUAUUCAUCCUACAAAGACAAUUAAAGGACAGGGUUUAUGCAAAUUGAUUGCAGAGAACAGGGUAGAAAUGGAUGAGGGGCUACCAUUGACUUUGUUUGUUGGUUUGCAAGAUACAUGGUUUUUUGAAGUGGCUUAUUACCUAACUUAUGGUUGUUGCCCGGGUCAUUUGUCAACUAAAGAAAAAAGGAAUCUCAAAUUAAAAGCAGCUAAGUAUGUUAUCUGGCAAGAUGUUUUAUGUAAAAAGGGCUUGUACGGUACUUAUUUGAGAUGUGUAGAUAAGCCACAACAGCGGAAACUUCUGGAAGUUUAUCAUGAUGAAGCCUGUGGUGGACAUUUCUCAUCCUUAGUAACCGCUUUCAAGAUUUUAAGAAAUUGUUUUGAUUGGCCUGGUAUGUUUCGUGAUGUAUAUAAUUAUGUUAAGGAAUGUGAAAAAUAUCAACUCUUUUUUGGAAAACCACAUUUAGUUGCCCUACCUUUAAGGCUUGUGGUAGUGGAUGAACCUUUCAAACAAUGGGGUAUUGAUUUCAUUGGUCCAAUAAUUCCUCAUUCCAGUGCUGACCAUAUGUAUAUUCUAAAAGCAACAGAUUAUUUUACUAAGUGGGUAGAGGUUGUCCCCACUAAGAAGGCGAACUCAGAGGUUGUAUGUAAUGGGUUGGCAGAAUCGAGCAACAAGAACCUGGUAAGCAUCAUGAAGAAGUUAGUUGAUGAUAAUGCCCGAAACUGGCAUAAAAAGGUAUAUGAAGCCUUAUGGGUGGAUAUAAUUACUCCCAAAAGAGCAAUUGGAAUGGAACCUUAUGAACUGGUGUAUGGGAUUGGUGCGAAGGUUUCUUUGCCUCUGGAAUUAGCAGUGACAAGGCUUCAAACCGUAAUUGAGGACUCUUUCUUCCAAAAUGCUUUGGAGAAAAGAGUCAUGCAUUUGAUUAAGUUGGAAGAGGAAAGAGAGAUGUUAGUGGAUAGAAUUACUAAGCAUCAGAAUAGGGUGAAGAAAAUAUUCGAUAUGAGAGCUCGACCAAGAGGGUUCCUAAGAGGUGAUGAGCAGUUCUAUUUCACGGUCGCGGAUGAUGUUUCAUAUCCUCGUUCUCCAGAUCGUGAACCAUUUGAACCUAGUUCAAACAGUUCAGUGAUGUUCAACAUGUAUGAUAAAGUUCAAAAGGCCAACGAUAGUUGA